GUUUAAUCGCCAGUAUGCCUGGGCAAGAUUCGUUGAACUCUGGGGCUAAUUUUAUCUCUUAGUUUUUGAUUCGAAAUUGCUCCUCCAAAUAAAUGGCAACCGUAAAUCGUGCCGGACAUGGACGGUCCGCCUAUCGUCGAGACGAACGUGAAGAAAUGCAAGUUGGUCCUCCGAUGGAUUUGUCUUUUAAAAAAGCGACAAAUAUGGCUGAUCUUAGCUCACAACGGGCACGAUCUGUUCGCAUCGGUAAGAUACCUGCUCACUCUUUGAACCAGCGUUUUCUCACGAGUUCUCUUUGGCUCUGUAAUAAUUCACUGACAUCGAUGAACGGGCUAGAAAAUUUGGUCAACAAAUUAUUGGAGGAACCGAACAGCCUAGCUUGGCUGGACCUCUCGUUCAACAAUAUAGUGGAGAUUGACGACGAGAUUACAAAAUUCCCCAAUCUCAAGAUCCUCUAUAUACACGGAAACUCCAUAUCUAAUUUGAACAGCCUUCUUAAAUUGAGAAGACUUUGCAAACUCAGAAAUCUGACUAUACAUGGGAACCCGAUAGAAUCGAUACCUUCUUACAGAUCGUUUGUCUUGUGUGCUUUACCUCAGCUAAUAAAUCUAGAUUUUGCCCCGGUUGUAGCCGCGGAGAGGAAAAAGGCUCCGCCGGCUGGUUUUUUUAAAAUGAUUAACGCGUGAAUAUAGAUCGUGAACUCGGGUGCACGAUUCGUUUGAAAUAUAACUUUUAUUUUAUGGUUGUUUAAUAAAAUACAUUUAUUAUUUGUCAA